UUCGCAUAUCUCUCCCUUCACCUCCUUUUCCCCUUUGCUUGCUCAAAACGACAGGUCUCGAAUAUUCUCUCCCACCCUUCUUCCGUCGCCAGUGACCGAGAGCACGGAGAAGGAAAGAGGAGUCGAGAUCGAGACGGCGGCGCGGAGGAGAUGGUUCUAUGGGAGAUCACGUUGGCGACGGCCUACUUCCUGGGGCUGAAGCGAACCUACAAGCUCGCUCUGAGGAUUCAGCGCAGGUUGAUCGGCCCCAAGCACCCCAAGAUCCGUCAGUUCGCCCAACGACGAACUCGUGCCAUAUUUGAUGCAGCGCUGAAGGUUCACAAGAGCAUACAAGACAGAGACAUUGAAGUCGGUCGGAACCUCGGCAACAGGAUUCUACGUUGUCUGGACCGGAUGAAACCUUCGGCCCAAAUUCGCGGUUCUUCCUCAGGGGGAAGCCCUAGCAAUUCAAGCACCGGCAUGAAUAUGACAAAGCAGAUCAAAGGCACUUCACAGUGGAAAGACCCCAGGACAUACAGCUCGUCCAAAAAUGCAGAAUCUGGUAGGCGCAUGUUUGCGUCGUUAAGGAACACAUGGCCGAAGCCUUUUCCUACCAUCACAAUGAUGCUGCAGUCGGCGAAACCCACCAGUCGAAUCACGCAGUACAGGCACGUGAGUACCUAUGGGCCCGAACUGCCAAGAUUGUAUUUUGCUCGUGGUCAAUACGGUGGAGUUUUGCGGGAGGACAUAAUGCAGUGGAUGCUGCAAAAAUGAACUCUGGAAUUUCCCUUGUAUCGCUGACGAACACAUUUUCGAGACCCAAAUGGCGCCUCAGACACAGCAAAGCUUAUAUCCUGUUCCUCCGUUUUCUUUUUCCUCCAUCCCUUCGUUGUAAUGGCGGUUCAUGAGGGUCUUAAUUUUCUUUGGUGUAAAUUCUUAUGAUUCCCCGCCUUUUUUCUUUCGAACUUUUUGAUGUCUGAAAUAAAACGGGUCCCUUUGUCGUGUCUUUGCUGG